CCACCUGGCGUUCUCGCAGGGCGGGAAUCCUGACUUUCGCAAUUCCCGCAGGGUGGUCGUCCAAACCCUCCGUCGCCUCUGACCUCCGUCGAUUUUCCCUGGCUGCCGCUUCCUCUGACUCCGAGUCUCCGACGGUGGACCUCCCAUCCUGCAUCCGCAGCUCGGCGGCUCCUGUAAUUCCUCUAUCGUUUUCCGUGCGCCAUCACUCCGGCCAGGAUUCAUGCGUCAGGUAUCUCACUAUUUCUCGUAAGUUCUCUCGUCUCUCUCUCUUUGCUAGGGUUAUGCGGUAGCCGGGCGAACGAUCUCCCGCUCGCCACCUCGCGUUCCCUGUUCCAGCGCUAGGCGGCAGCCAUCGGCUCAUCGCUGUUCACGAUUGCUCAGAUGCCUUUCCCUUUAUCUGUUCCCAAACUGACACCAACAUCUUCUUUUUCAAGCUUUAGAUACGCUGGCAAUGGAUUCUCUUGGGAGCUAGUGCAAGCAGUCACAUCACUGAAUGUACCAGCUAUAUGGUUUUUAAAGGAUCCGACAUUAUAUCUUCACAAAACAAGUAAAAACAUACAAAUAAAUGUAGGAAAUAAGAGAAAUGAUUUCAGAGAAUGUGAUGAGCACCACUUGCAUCUUCAGUCUUUGAUGAGGAAAAUUCAAGAUGAUGGAUUAGACAUACAAACAACUAGAAAUUCUGAUCAUUUCGGUGCUGUAAUUCACCACCUUUCCCUGAUAAGAAACAAGCGUUGUCUUAUGGCCUACACGUACAACCGGGCAUAAAUAAUACGGAGCCUGAGAUGGAAAAUUGGGACUAUACUUCCUGAAGAGAUUCAAUCAAAGCUUAACUACUCAGAAGAGGAGUAUUUCAAGAAUCACUGUGCUGCUUUGGAGGUUUAUAUGUCAGAAAUAGAUCUGGAUUUGACAGUGGACAUGAUCCCACCUAAGGAUCCAUCGAUACAGGUCCGUGUCCGUUGUGAUAUUGGUGAUGUCUUGCUUGGUGACCAGGUAGCAUCACUGACUAACAACUCGGUGCAUUUGAUGAAGCGUACAGAUGCCUAGGAAUCAUAAGUGCAGCUUAUGUGGCUUUUUGAAUUUUAUGCUUCUAUACACGUACUGGAAACGGGGGUGUAUAUCAUCUCCUAACGUGCGGACGUCCUAUUUUGGAAAUUUCAGGGGAUGAUGGAAGAGUUCACUUAAAACAUGAGCGAGACUUUGCUUGACGCAUAAUUGGCUUUCCUUUUAGCAUUUAAAUGUGGAUAGCCCAGCUGUCUUAUAUAAGAGCUUUACUAGAAUAUCACUAAGGCCUACUUUUAAGGCUGGAAAUGAUUUUAUUCACGCUGUGGAAAUCCUAGAUUAUUUAUUCGGGCUGGUAUGCAUGAGUAUUUGUCCAAGGGGGUGCUAUGUAUCGUUGUUUGCUUACCUGGAUAACAUUAUGCAGAGCCUCUUUUAUUGUUUCAUUACUUGGAUGAUACCAGGAUUUUUAGUUGCAACUUGUUUAAUUUAGAACUUGAAAUGAAAAGGUGCAACUUACGCUCCUUAUUGUGUGAUAUA